ACAACAACAACAAUUUUAACGAUGAAAUCGAUAAUGAUUUAAAAGCAAUGACCGGUCACACAACCGUUAUUGGUUAUAAAAAGGUUAUUGGCACUGAAUAUUAUUGCAUAAAUUCAAGUGAUUAUAAUCAUCAUUACAAUAAUAAACACAUUAGUUAUAAUCAACGUCAACAACAACAACAACAACGGAAUAAUUUGAAACAAAGUGGACAAAAAAGACAUCUAACGAAAAUGGCCGAUAUAGCAAAACCAACAAUUGUUGAUAAUCAUGAUGGUACAAUAUGUGUUAAAUAUGAUCCAAAACAACAAGGCAAUUAUGAGAUGCAAAUCAAAUAUAAUAAUUUGCCCAUUAAAGGUAGUCCGUAUAAAUUUAUUGUGGAUAAUACACCUAAAGGUUUAGUUACAGCAUUUGGAGCUGGCCUAUCAACCGGUGUUGCGGGUGAUGCUUGUUCAUUCAAUGUUUAUACGAAAGGAGCCGGUGCCGGUAAUUUACAGGUGGCUGUUGAAGGACCAUCAAAAGCAGAAAUCAAUUGUAAAGAUAAUAAAGAUGGUAGUAUUAAUGUUACCUUUACACCACCGGCACCGGGUGAAUAUAAAAUCAAUGUUAAUUUUGCUGGUAAACCAAUCGAAGGCAGUCCAUUUUCGGCAAAAAUUGUUGGUGAAGGUCGUAAACGUAAUCAAAUAUCGAUUGGAAUGUCAAGUGAAGUACCGUUGAAAGUAACGGAAAAGGAUGUUAAAUCAUUGAAUGCAAGUAUUGUUGCACCGUCUGGUCUUGAGGAACCAUGUUUUGUGAAAAAAUUAAGCAGUAAUCAAGUGGGAAUAUCGUUUACACCACGUGAGCAUGGUGAACAUGCAGUGAAUGUGAAAAAAAUGGGUAAUCAUGUAGCAGGAUCACCAUUCAAGAUUAAUGUAUUGGAACGUGAUAUUGGUGACUCGAAAAAUGUUAAAAUUACUGGUGCCGGCCUGAAAGAAGGCAAAACUAAUACAGCUAAUGAGAUUAAUAUCGAUACAAGCGAUGCUGGUUAUGGUGGUCUAAGUGUUUCGAUUGAAGGUCCAUCUAAAGCCGACAUCCAAUAUAAAGAUAAAGGAAACGGAAAAUUGGCAACCACAUAUAAACCAACGGAACCAGGAUUUUAUAUUCUAAAUGUUAAAUUUGCUGAUCAUCAUGUACCCGGAUCACCAUACACAAUCAAAGUAACCGGUCCUGGAUCGAAUAUUCAACGUAAUAAUAUUAAAUUAGGACGUGAAGCUGCUUCUAUUGCAGAUGUUGGAUCGAAAUGCAAAUUGACAUUUAAAUUCUCACAAACAAGUGCAUUUGAUUUGGCUGCUAAAAUUAUGGCUCCAUCAGGCGAAACAGAAGAUGCAGAAAUAUUGGAUUUGCAGGAUUUUCUUUAUGCUGUUCAAUUUGUACCGAAAGAAGUUGGCAUACAUACCGUAUCGGUACGACAUAAAGAUAUUCAUAUACCUGGAUCACCAUUUCAAUUUACUGUUGGUCCAUUCACUGAUUUCGGAUCACAUCGUGUACAUGCUGGUGGUCCUGGCUUAGAACGUGGUACAGUCAAUGAAAAAUGUGAAUUCAACAUUUGGACUCGUGAAGCUGGUGCUGGAACACUAGCCGUUUCGGUGGAAGGUCCAUCGAAAGCAGAGAUUGAUUUUCAUGAUCGCAAAGAUGGUUCUGGUUUUGUAACAUAUAAAGUUACUGAACCUGGUGAUUAUCGUAUUGGUAUCAAAUUUAAUGAUCAACCAAUUCCGGAUAGUCCAUACAAUGUUUACGUUAUGGCACAAGUGGGUGAUGCACGCAAAAUUGAAAUUGGUGCAAUUCCUCCAGAACAUAUGCUGAAAGUAAAUUCACCGGUUACAUUUACAAUUAACAUGAAUGGCGCUAAAGGAAGUUUGGAUGGUAAAGUGAUUGCACCAAGUGGUGCUGAAGAUGAUUGUUUUCUAAGCAAAAUUGAUGAUGAUCAAUGGGCAUUACGUUUUAUACCACGUGAAAAUGGUGUACAUCGUAUUCAUGUACGUUUCAAUGGUGUUCAUAUACCGGAAAGUCCAUUUUCAAUGCGUAUCGGUAAAGAUGAUGCUGAUCCUGCAAGCGUAUCCGUAACUGGUAGUGGAAUUAAAGAAGCACGUACAGGUGUUAAAACUGAUUUCAUCAUCGAUACAUGUAAUGCUGGUGCCGGUACAUUGGCCGUUACUAUUGAUGGUCCAACAAAAGUAUCGAUGGAUUGUACUGAAGUUGAAGAAGGUUAUAAAGUUCGUUAUACACCACUUGCCCCGGGUGAAUAUUUGAUAACAAUCAAAUAUAAUGGUUAUCAUAUUGUUGGUAGUCCAUUUAAAAUUCGUUGUAUGGGUACACGAAGCAUUGCUGAUAUAUCGGAUUUUGAAUCAUCACAAGUUGUCGUAGAAACGGUUACUAAACAUUCAAAAAAUCAAGGUAAUCUAAUGCCUAAAUUUAAAUCCGAAGCAAAUCGUGUUGAAUCAAAAGGUGUCGGUUUAAAACGUGCCAUAUUGAAUCGUCAGAAUACAUUCAAUGUGAAUGCUUCAAAUGCUGGUAACAAUUUUCUUUUUGUUGCUGUAUUUGGACCACGUGGACCAUGCGAAGCAAUCGAUAUACGUCAUCAAGGUCGUAAUAAUUAUAAUAUUACCUAUACAACAAGAGAACGUGGUGAUCACAUUAUUGUUGUUCGAUAUGGUGAUGAUCAUAUUCCUGGUAGUCCAUUUAAAAUUGAUUGCAAUCCAUAAAGAGUGAAAGGUUGAUUGCCAAUCUGUUAACAAACAAAAUAUACAUCGAGACCAGAUGAAAAAUGACGAAAAUACAAACAACACUCACUACGAUGAUGAUGAAAAAUGAAUCGAUUUCUUCUUUUUUGCUGAUGAUGCUAAUU